AUGGACUUGAACAGGCAAGUGAAGUAUAUCCCCAACACACUUGAGCCCGAGUGGCAACAGACUGUGGUUUUCAUGAACUGCCUGAAACGCACCCUGAAGAAGCGCGUUCUCGAGGUCACCAUGUGGGAUUUCGAUCGGCUGAAAAUGAACGAUUUUAUGGGCCAGGCCAUAAUCCAUUUGGCAGGUGAGAAUCCCGUCGACUGUCUGUUUAGGUAUUCGCCUUUAAAUUAACUCACUGACUUUUACCACCUUUAUCACGCAGGCCUUCAGAAAACACUGUAUUACACUAUAUUAUUAUAGAGCACUACAUUUCGUUGUGUUUGACAUCCACAGCGGGGUUGUACCGUAGAUGCUCCGGAAUAAAUCGGAGGUCAGAUGGGCUCACUGCACGCGUUGAUCGGGCUGCGCAAAGUUCACGUGACCGCAUGGUGCGGCACACCCUAGACGAUGGCCUUCACGCUGCGUCGACUACUGUGCACAAUCUCAUCGCCCGUUGACUUUAAGAGUUCAUCGGUGUAUGAGAUACAAUGAGACCGACACUGGAGAAACCACCCUUGCGAUAAACCAGCGCAUUCCUCAUGAUACACUAAGAGUCGUGGCUUGGAAGCCUGUCGACUGAUGGGAUAAGUCAGUCCUUCUCAGAACUGCGCGUUAGACUGUGGUACUUGCCUCUUAAUGUGGCUUCUGCGGCGGUCUCACAGAUGUGGAAUUCCGGUCGCCUUCACAGAAGCUUGAUACAUACAGCGUAAGGAUCGGUUUGUGUGAGAGACGCGUAGAUGAGCUGGUCAGCCUUGUCAGCCACUGUGCUUGAACUGCGCUUCUAGCUGCCUUGACAUUGUCUGCCAUCAGAACAAAGUGCGUGAGGAAAGAGGGGGUGUCUAAGAUGUUGCGCAAGUCCACCUAGCCAUGACCUAACUCACCCGUAAGUCAUCGCUGCUUUUGGACAUGUGAAAACGUCCGCGCUUCCGACGAUCGACCUGUCGUGUCCAUGUUCAUUUGACAUCUUCUGUGCGUAUACGAGAUAGACAGAUUUCAUAGGCUACCGAGCAGGUUCGUAAAAGACUAUGUUCUCGGUUUCGGUCAUGCUGUUCGGUCUGCAAUUAGAUGUCUCUUGAUUGUUGCCUAGUCCAGUCGUCAUGAACUUUACCAGUAGCACGUGUUUUGAUCGGGGAGAUGCUUAAAGUCAGCUUGAAAUGCAGGUCUUCAUUUAGGCGCUGAAUUUCUGACGGUCAGGCAUGCUUGCAUAUUCCACCGCCUGUUUAUAGCCUCUACUCCCACCAAUAGUUUGGACAAGAUUGCAAACUCGUUCUGAAUCUGGUUAUGGAGAUAAUUACUCGUUGAACGAUGCUAUCACAGAGCAGAAGAGAACAAGGAGAUGUGGUGCCUAACCAUUCGCAUCCGGCCUCUAAUCCAUCACAAGAGUCAGCCUCAGGUAAGGAUGAUGAUUACGCAAGGGGUUGUCUCUGAUGAGAGAUUUGAGUGUGAAUUCGAAACGUGGGCUAAUAGAACAUCUGUUGCAACAGUCGUCUCUCCUUCUUUUCAUCUGCCUCCUGGAACUUGCCUUCUCCUUUUUAUCGGCAUAACACCAACUCGAUGUCGCAGCUCUUGGCAAAUUCGUGGCAUACUCUUCUGAAUGCCGCUACUUCAAAUGCACAACUAUAUUGUUCGUUUAAGGAAUUUAGGCGUCUGAUACGCUAUAAUCAACAAACCAUGGUCCCACGUAGUCUGGUGUGCGCUGCCAGCUCUCUGACCCCUGGUUCCCUGCCGGUAGAUGUGUUUGCGCUCCCGCUAGGUUUACAGGUCAUGUGUAUGGUUGCCCAGUUAUUCUCGCCUUUCUGACUUUCUGUGCUGGUUUUGAUGGCCAAAAUCCUGGUCAAGUGUUUGUUGUGGAUCAGGGGCGUCGUGGUACGCCUAGGUGCGGGUCUGGCCGUGCCGGACACUUGCGCCCUCUCCCGCCUCCGGUCUUCUAAAAUCUGUUUUGACACGGGAUUAUGGUGCGGAGGAGGAGAGUGUGCGGUAGAUGCUGCGCAAGUCUACCCUCACUACAGACUAAUUCACGCGUAAGUCACCGUACCUGCCUCAUCUUUCCUUGGAGCUCACGGUGGACAUCGUCAGUUGCGAUGGCCUAAUUGUCGUAUUGUGCGUGUGAUCUAACAUGGUACGGUUUCUACAGCACAGCUUAAAGUUGUUAAAUCAUAACAUUCAAACGAUCAGGCAGGAUUCAUAUGUUGUCAAAAAAGCGUCUUUUUGAACACCCCAACUGAUUGUUUUGUCAUCUCGAAUACGCCAUGACAGACAGGAGCGAGAAAGGGAUAAAAGUAUACCCACUUCGAUUAAAAUGCUAGUGGUUUUUCCCGCAGUCAUUCCUUUGUGUCCGAAAAUGACCUAAGGCCAGUUGCAUUUGCGGUUUGGAACACACGACCAUCACCCCAGCACAGGCUAGAGGUGAUAAGAAAAUUGUUGUCUCCAAGCCGACUCGGAUCGCCGACCUCCCAAAUUCGCUUCCGGUGUUUAACAGUGCAGGCCUAACUGGCAUGUCAUUAUUCCUAUGUUUUUAAACCAUCAGGAGUGCCUACUUUACUUCCAAACUAGUUUCUUCUAUUGGCUUACAAAGUAAACCUCACAGACGCAGAAAAUGGAUAAUUUUGAGGACGAGACCUGUUGCGUACCCUAAUUCUAGGCCCGCGGAGUCACCUACUUCCCGUGGUCAUCAUUCGAGAAAUGAUCACUGCUCACUAAUUAUAACCUCUGUACGGAUGGCGCACGGAAAGUAGUAAGUUUGCAACGAACUCUGGGCACUGCACUCAUCACACCAAGUCACGUGUUGCCGCGUCUGGCGACAGUGGCUGCAGGCAAGGUAGAAACGUGUACUGCAGCAGACGGGCAAAAAACAGGUAGAGAGAGACAGGGAGAGAAAGAUAGUUAUAUCAGCCGUUUUUUACGUCGGAGCCAGGCCGAGGCUCCUUGCAUCUGAUGGCAUUACCCGAGGGGUGGCUUGCUCAAGCUGGGCGUGGACGACUGCACCUGUCUGGACGCACGUGUGUUCGGGUUGGCGUCAGUUGAUUGGCUGCAGGCCAGCGCGUCGACAAUUGGGCGGGUCUGGUCGUGCCGACCACUUGCGCCCUCCCCCGUCUCCGGUCUUCUUAAAUCUGUCGUGACACGGGAUCAUGGUGCGGAGGAGGAGAGUGUGCGGUAGAUGCUGCACAAGCCUACCCUCACUACAGACUAAUUCACACGUAAGUCACCGUACUUGCCUCAUCUUGCCGUGGAGCUCACGGUGGACAUCGUCAGUUGUGACGGCCGAACUGUCGUAUUGUGCGUGUGAUAUAACAUGGCGCGGUUUAUACAGCCCAGCUUGUAGCUGUUAAAACAGAGUAUUCAGACGAUCAGGCAGGAUUCGUACGUUGUCAAAAAAGCGUCCUUUUGAACACCUGCACAUUCCCCGACUGAAUUUUUGUCCUCUUGAAUACGCCAUGACAGACAGGAGCGAGAAAGGGAUAAAAGUAUACCCACUUCGAUUAAACUGUUAGUGGUUUUUCCCGCAGUCAUUCCUUUGUGUCCAAAAAUGACUUAAGGUCAGUUUCAUUUGCGGUUUGGAACACACGACCAUCACCUCACCACUGACUAGAGGGGAUCAGGAAACUGUUGUCUCCAAGCAGACUCGGAUCGCCGACCUCCCAAAUUCGCUUCCGGUGUUUUACAGUGCGGGCCUAACCGGCAUGUCAUUAUUCCUAUGUUUUUAAACCAUCAGGAGUGCUUACUUUACUUCCAAACUAGUUUCUUCUAUUGGCUUACAAAGUAAACCUCACAGACGCAGAAAAUGGAUAAUUUUGAGGACGAGACCUGUUGCGUACCCUAAUUCUAGGCCCGCGGAGUCACCUACUUCCCGUGGUCAUCAUUCGAGAAAUGAUCACUGCUCACUAAUUAUAACCUCUGUACGGAUGGCGCACGGAAAGUAGUAAGUUUGCAACGAACUCUGGGCACUGCACUCAUCACACCAAGUCACGUGUUGCCGCGUCUGGCGACAGUGGCUGCAGGCAAGGUAGAAACGUGUACUGCAGCAGACGGGCAAAAAACAGGUAGAGAGAGACAGGGAGAGAAAGAUAGUUAUAUCAGCCGUUUUUUACGUCGGAGCCAGGCCGAGGCUCCUUGCAUCUGAUGGCAUUACCCGAGGGGUGGCUUGCUCAAGCUGGGCGUGGACGACUGCACCUGUCUGGACGCACGUGUGUUCGGGUUGGCGUCAGUUGAUUGGCUGCAGGCCAGCGCGUCGACAAUUGGGCGAAGUUGUCUUGCAACAGCAGAAGCCUUCGCGAUGAAGUUGCUCAGCGUAAACUCGAGACGAAUAUGGCGGCCGGCCACAACUCCAGGAAGUAGGUUCAAUACACGUUAAUAGUUGAUGUGAGUGGAGGCGAAUGUUUAAAGCCCAGAUGCGGCCACGCAAGCGAGCCACGUGGUAGAUGCGCUGGACAAACACGGGAGCCAUAUCGGAUUCUAUCUGGCGUUAUCGGAAUGCGGGCUUUAACAAAUGCCAACAAUUCGGGAUACGGUGGCAGACCCAGUCGCCGGCAGAGGUCGCGCGCUCCAGGAUCCCUGCCAUUCGCCCCCUCCCCCAACUUUUGUUGUUGGUUAAAAUCCUGGUCAUUUACUGUGUGUACCAGGGGAUGUGGUGUGGAACGCCAAAUUGCGGACUCGACCGUGUCAUCCACCCACGCCCUUUCCCGCCUCCGGUCUUCUUGUCUCGGUUUUAACACCGGGUCCAGUUGGGGGAGGAGGAGAGAGUGCGGUAGAUGCCGUGCAAGUUCACUACUAUUAUAAAACAAAGCACGCACAAGUCGCCGUGUCUGCUCCAUCUUACCUUGGGAAACUUGGUAGACAUCGUUGGAAACUACGGUCGAACUGUUGUUUGAAUGGGGAAGAUGGCUAUUUGAGCACCGGAGCCAUUCCUUUAUAUUUCCGAGUUUUUGAAGUCGUACGAAAAUCCAUCAUCAGAGGUAAAGUCAGCACAAGUGACAGUCAUAGGAGGUUAUGUAUGCCGGCGCCAGAUCAGUACGUCGAAGGAUUUUGCGUCUUAUGGUCAGAACAUUCUCCAAUGCUGACUUGGUUGGCGGAAGAAAUUACACCAGCCUCAAUUCUUCGAUAACAUUCUUUCCCUGGUUUUGUUACUCUUAUAGACAAGGAUAUCCUCGAUGGUCAACCUCACUGGUUCAAGCUCCACGAUCUGCGGGAUAUUGUGGUGCCUGGUUACAGACAGCCGGGCACACGGUCUCUUCCGCCACCUGUCACCCAAUCUGAGGGCAUGAAAACAAUUAAGGUGCGUUCAAAGGACCCAUGCAUAUGUCGCCUUCUUUGAAAUGACCCACCGCAAGGUGGAAGCGUCAGUCUUACUUCGCGGUGCGGGCCGAAAAUUAAAUUUCGGUCGGAUCUUAUUUCGUGGCCGCAUCUGCAGUAGACAAGCCCCAACCGCCUAUCAUACGGGAUCGGCGGUAAUAGGGCGUUCAACACUAAUCCCUAACAGGUACGGUUACGAAAUAAGACCUUUCGACUGUGGAUCACCGUCGGAUCUUAUUUCGUAGCCGCAUCUGCAGUAGACAAGCCCCAACCGCCUAUCAUACGGGAUCGGCGGUAAUAGGGCGUUCAACACUAAUCCCUUACCCUGGCCCUUAACCUUAACCCCUAACCCCAACCCCUUAUCUUAACCCUCAGCCCCUAGCCCUAACUCCUUACUCUAACUCCUAACACUAACAGUCCUAACUUCUAGCAGGUGCGGCUACGAAAUAGGAUCUUACCUAAAUUUCUAACUCACUGACAUUAACCAUCCCCUAUGAACUCAUGAGACGGCAUCUACACGCAAUAUCCUUCCUUACGAGUGGAUCUUUUGUCUUCGCCAGGCGGCAACCCAAGUCACAUUUGUUCGCGGUGAUUUCGUGGGAGGAAGAGAGGGACAGGGGAAAAGUUCUCCUCAUAACCUGUUAAACAUGAAGUGUUUGGACCAGGACGGAUGUAUUGCCAAGGACGAGAUGUCAUGACAGACUUGGUGUUAAUUUCGUGAUCGAAUCCUCAGAUAAACCGAAAUCUGGCCACUGGUCCUUCGCAGUCCGUAUGCCAGAGCUUCUUCUCUCGCUUUUCAAGUUUCGUUUUUGAAUGAAAUUUAAAUGACCUUGAAAGUGAAUCUUGUACAGACCCUCCCGGCUGUGAGAAAUACUGCUGGAAAAACACCCCUCCUCCCCCGGUAAUAUAUGCGAUUUCUGCACGGCCGAAACAAUCGACGCAACAACAAAGUGAAUAGAAGCGGACGUAGGUAAGGUGCAGACCCUGUAGAUCCUCAGUACCAGGCAUUCCAUACAACAAAGCAUUGACCCAUUUUUCCGCAGCCAAUCACCGGUUUGUCCUCAUAGCAGCAGCCGAUGAUGUUUGCAGGGUGGAGUUCCUCUCAUCUGACACUAACAAACGACUCGUAAUUGCCUGCAUUCUAUUACUCGAACUGUAGCAUUUCCAGGAUGGUGGUUUGAGAGUACGUUCUUCGAUGCUAGGGGGGCCCUCACCGAUCGUUCUUACGGAACUCAUUCAUUCCGUUGUGCCUUACGAGUUCACUCUCGAGCCCAAACAGCAGCCGUACAGCGGUGCAUGAUAUAGGCGUCAAAAGAUCUGUAAGCGUCUGCUAUGCCAGGAUCAGCAAGCCAUGACUCUCGCAACCCGGUAUGCGCUGGCUGUCCUCCGAUACCUGGUUCCCUGCCGGUAAAUGCGUUUGCGCUCCCGUUGGGUAUACAGGUGGUUGACAUGACUGCCCAGUCAUCAUUCUCGUCCUUCUGACCCCUGUUGGGGUGUUGUUUUUGGCGAAACAUCUUCGUCAAGUUUAUAGUGUGGUGGCAUGCCUAGGUGCGCGUUCGGCCGUGCUGGCCACCUGCGUCCUCCCCCGCCCCCAGUCUUCUUGACUGUGUUUCGACACCGGGUCCAGGCGGGGAGUGGGGAAGAGAGGGUGUGAUAGACGCUCUGUAAGUCUACAUUCAUUAUAAACUAAUUCACGUGCAACUCAUCCUGUCUGCUGCACCUUACUGUGUAGCACACGGUGGCCAUCGUCGGAAUCGACCGUGGACAUGUCGGACUUCACAAAGCGAUUGUUUUAAAUGUGACAUUGCUUCCUUAGGACAUAUUUACUUUCCUGUAUUUUCCUCAGAAAGGGGCACAAUAAAACUCACACCUUCCUCGUUACUUGAAGGCGGUGUUUUAUAUUUUCCUCUUUCAAGCCCAGAACCUUGGCGAUUUUCACGGUGAGAGUUCCUUAUCAGUCAGCUUGUUUUGUCACAAACCAAAUUUUUUUUUCUGACUUUCAGCUCGUGAAAGAAAUUCGGCACCCACAAAACAAACUGGCGCCAAAAGGUGAGGCUUCUUUUAAAACAAGUAAAAUCAUACUGUUUGAGCAGUCUUCAAUACCCACUGUUAAAAAAGAUAGGCUAGAGAGGGUUAGUAUGGUAUUUUUCGAUGUAGUAAUUAAAAUGUCUGUUCUUUAAUACAGGAUCUUCUUUAUGCUGACAAUCAUAAAUACGAACCUCCAUGACAUCAUAAACUCUGGCGUUUGGCGAUUAGUUUUAGCCUUUUUGAAUUCCUUCAUUUCUAGGAAAAUCGAAAAGUUCCUUUUUGGUUUGAAGUAAAUGAUUUUUUCAAAACCGUCAGGGACCGACAUCAGAAAGGAUUAGGAACAUCGUGAGGAAACCAUAGGAUAGCUAAGAACGUGUGCUAAAAAUAGCCUGCAUUCAAAUUCCAAAUUCACACAUUCUCACUGCAGAAAAUGUGAACCCUUCGACCUAUAUUCACAAGGACUCAAUUUUAAAUUUUAAAUUUAUGCCUUUUAGGCCGGACGAGUUAA